CGGCUCGGGCACGCGCGCGUCCCGGCGGUUGCCUAGCUGCUUGCUGCGCCGCGGCCGACGGACAUGGGGGCGCCGGCCGAGACCGUGAGCGCCGUGCUCUUGGAGCACCUGGGGCAGCUGUGUCUGCACGAGUUCCCGUGCGGCACCGGCAGCUGGAAUAAGUCCCGAUUUCUUCCUCAAACUUGGCCAGCAUGGAGGGAGCUGGUCCCCAGGGAGGAGGAGGCCAUGAACCCUGGGGAGGAGACAGUGCAGGACCUGUUGGACUUGGUCUGCAGUCCCCACUCACCCUGGGCUCUGCCAGAGGGUUCAAGUGCAGAGGACCGUUUUCUGAAAGAACUGGCCGUCCAGAAUCCACUGAUGCUCAAAGACACCUUUCUCUACUCCUACUUCAGGUCCCUACGAGUUGUGGGCAGGCAGGUGAGCCUGGUGGAUAAAGGCCUCCUGAAAUUUCUCAACCUUGAAGAGUUGGUACUGAGUGCUAAUCGAAUCAAGGAGAUCAAUGCUGCCAACCUGCCUCCAACUCUCAAGGUGCUGGAGCUCUGUGGUAACCAGAUCGCCAGCGUGGAGUGUCUGUGCGCUCACCCGCCCCCGGUUCUCCGGCACUUGGGGUUAGGUCACAACAAACUUCUGGGCCCCUUGGAAAGUCUGUACGUCACCACUGAUCACUGGCCCAACCUCAUCUCUCUGGACCUGGGCUUCAACAACCUGACGGACCUGCAGGGCAUGAUUGCCAGCCUCAGCACCCUCCCACACCUGCGGCUGCUGGUGCUGCAGGGCAACCCGCUGGCCCUAGUGCCCUUCUACCGUGGCUUCACCAUUGACUCCCUGUCCCGGCUGUGUGUGCUGGACGACGUCACGGUGACUUCCAAGGAGAAGCACCAGUUCCGUGGGCUCGGCCAGCGUGGGGAUCUCCUGGCAUGUGAGGCACAGUUCGUGGUGACUAUCGGAAGUGUCAGAGGGGUUCUGGACACCUCUGUUUUGGACCUGGAACCAGGGCCCCAAGGCCCUUUUAUCACUUACAGCUACUACGUGACCUACGACUUUGUGGAAGACAAAGAAGCAGCUUGUCAAGCCCUCUCCCAGCACAGAACAGGUGAGGGCAUUCCUGAAGAGGCCAAAGAGGAGGUUGGAGAAUCUCUGGAGUCUGGGCUGACCACCCAUUCCCCGUUGGGAGAGUUGGAGGAGUCCCUCAUCUUGAAAGCGUCAGGGGCCUUGCCCAAGUCAAUACACCCUGCGGAGGAGCUGGCCAAGUUGCAGCCACGUAUAGAUCCCCGGCCCUGCCCGUCUCCAGGGACAGUUCUCUUCAGCACAGUCCCCAAGCCCUGGGCUGAGGUCAUCGCCUGCAACUACGAGAUGCAGCACACCCUCAAGGACCUGGUGCCACUCAGAGCCUUCCUGCUGGCAGGAACCACCCUGACCAUCGUGGAGGAGAAGAUUCUCUCCUGGCCCACGGUGCUGUCUGCUGUUGAUGGUCCCCUGCCUGCCAAGAAAGGAAAAGGGGAGAACAAGAAAGGGAAGAAGGAGAAAGAAGAGAAAGACAAGAAGGGAAAAGACAGGAAAGACAAGGCAGCGAAAGGGGAGAAGGAGCUGGUUAAGAAUCAGAAGGGAUCCAAGAAGGAGGAGCUUCCUAAACACCUCCGCCAGGACCCGCCCACUCUGCGGGUGCUGGGCGAGGGCAUGGUGGCCCUGGAGUCCCUGCUGGCGGGGGAGCCGCUGGUGUCCACCGUGUGCAACUUUGGGGUGAUCCGCACCUUGGACUCUGACAGGCUGACGUUUAUCAGGGAUUCAAAGAAUAAGAAAGCUAAAAAAGAAAAUCGGAAAUCUAUGGCUGCGAUGUACGAUAGCGAUUACCAGCCAGAGCCCCUGUCGGUGGAAGUCCAGAUCCAGCUGAAGCAGUGCCGCUCAGCCGAGGAGGCGCUUCGGGCGCUCGCCUUGUAACGCCCAGUAAAGCGGGUCCCAAGCCCACGGCUCCGCAUCCGUCCCGCCGCCCGGGCGCUGGGGUCUGGCCGGGGCGGUGGGGGGAGCGGGGGAUCCGGGGGAGCGGGACCAGGGGGUCCGGAGGUCGGAGCGGAGAGAUCCUGCCGGGGAGCAGGGAUCCCGCCGUGGGGCUGUGGUUUGGCCGGAGGCGCGGGGUCCAGCUGGGGUCGGGCGAGGAACUGCGGCUUAGGGGUGGCGGAUUCGGUCCGCCGGGAGCUGGGAGUCCGGCAGGGGGAGCGGGGAGACCUCUCCAGGAGGUACGCAGGCGCCGAGAGGUCCCGCCCCCAGAAGCCAUGCCCCCUGGAGACCAUGCCCCCUAGAGGCCACGCCCCGGGGUUAGGUUUGGGGACUCAAGGGGCGUGGCCAGCGCGGACGGUCCGCAGCCGGAACACGCCCACCGCCCGAGCCCGGCCAGACGCGUGCCCUGGCUCUCUGGGUCCCGGCUUCGCGGGGCGAGCUCCUCGGUUGUGCCCCACGUGGCGUCACGGCUCAGGUAGGUCCUCGAGGGGCGAGUCAUGCCGGUCCUGGGGUGCGCGGAGCCCCGCUGCUGGCGGUCCGCAAGGACGCCAGGCCGGGCCGCGGCGAGCUGUCCUGCGGGCCGGUUGGCGACUUCUGCUCGCCCCGCUGGGGCCUGCGUGGCCGGAGCCGGGCGGGUGGACGCGGCCAGCCUGUGCCGCUUGCCCCGGGCACCUGGACGGGCCGCACUGCUGGCUGUGUUCAGGCCCGAGAGGGGUGUUCCCCGGGGGCUCCUGUGCCAUGGUUUGGCGAGCAAGCCUUUGGGGACUGUCGCGUGGAAAGAAUGAGCCAGCCAUUGGCCCUUUCCCUUUUCGUACCGUGUUGGGUCACCGAGCCCUGAGGACCCGAGCCCGCUGACACCUGUGAAAUAACUGCAGACUCUUAGGACUCAGCACCACGCUUGGAGGGGGGUCGUGCGGUCGCCGAAGCCCCUGCCGAAGCCGAGUUAAGAACCAGGCUCUUAGGGGUCACAGUAUGGGGGAGACAUAUGCUUAGGUGGUACUGAUACAGGUUUCACAGUAGGUCUGCGGCGUGGAGAGGAGUGGCGGACAUGGGGCCCGUAUUUCGGGCCCAACGGAGCCUAAAUAUCGGGGCCCCACGCGGGGAAUUGCUGUUUAGUUCCGGCAGUGGGGCGCUGUGGGCAAACGGGUUAUGGGGUGCACCGCUCAUCUCAGCCUGGGCCUCUGAAACGCACAGGCAAAACCAAAUGGCUAGCUUUGCACCCUUCUCGGGAAAUGGUACCACCCCUCACCUGGGGCUCCUCACCCCCAGCUGGCAUUAUCUCCCCUAUCUGAAAUCCGUCUUCCACACCUGGAAUCCAUCUAGCUCUACCCUUUCUACUGCCAGCACCAAGUCCCAGCCGUGUCUUGGAUCUUGACUAAUUCAAGUUUUCUGGUCUUGUUUUCAUUCCUGCCCCUUCCACAAUCCAUUCUCAACAGCAGCAGUAGCCUUUCAAACAAUAAAUCGUCUACUGCCUCUGCUAAGUCCUCCAGCUGAUCAUCAGGGCGCUUACGAUAAAGCCCAACCCCCCACCAUGGCCCUUGCAUGUGUGCAGACUUAGGCUUUGCCCCUGCCUCACGUCCUACCACGUUCCUCUUUGCGCUCCAGCCACACUACAUUCCACCGGUCCUGACAGUUUGCCUACUACUAUUUCCGGAACUCUGCGCGUAACUUCCCUCCGCCUGGCACACACUUCCCCAGAUCUUUAUGUGAUUUCAUCCCUGAUUCAGUUCUCAAAUGUCCUUACCAAGGUCUUUCUAAACUACCAUGCACUAAACCUUCCUCAGUCACUGCAUGCCAUUACACUGCUUUACUUUCUCCUUGACAGUCUCAUGUGUUGUUGUUUGUGUGGUUAUCUAAGGGCAGUGGCAUUCCUGGCAGCUGGAAUAGAUUGGUGGCAGUGGCCACAGGGACAGC